AUGUCUGAUUCUACCAAUCAAUCUCACGCCAAGGGCGAUUCAGUCGUUCCCCAAGCAGCACAACGAAAGCUCCCCCAAGGAGUCGAAGAGAGCGUGCCCGACUCUGUCCACGAUACUAGCAAUUCCGGUGCUUCCAAAAGCCAUGCUACCGGAGAAUCAAUUGUUCCAGAUGCAAUUCAGAGGGCAGCUCCUGAGGGCCUUGAGAAGAUCCUGCCUGAGAGUGUCCAUCCCACCAAGGGAUCAAACAUCGAUCCAUGA